ACCAUUCUACUGGUGUGGACACCACAAAUUCACUUCAAUGGCCGCGAUGGUCGGAUUCCACCUCUCCUGCUCCAAACCAAUCUCCUUCUCCUCCUCAAUCUCCUCACCACCGGACUCUCUCCGCUCAAAACUCUCUCUCCUCUCUCUAAACCCCUCUCUGCAACCGCGAAAAUCAACCGUCAUCCGCAUGGGCGGCGGUCCGAGAACGUUCCCCGGCGGCGUAUCAAAGUGGCAGUGGAAGAGGAUGCAGGCGAAGAAGCAGAAACAGCUCCUCAAGGCGCGUUUAUCCCGCGAACGCCAGAUCUACGAGAUGCGCAAACGCGCGGAGCUGAAAGCUGCGGUGGCCGAGCUCGAGCGGCCGUGGGAGCCGGUUCAGAAACCCCCGAAUCUGUUCUCGGUCUGCGCCGACGAGCAGGUUAAGGUUCUAGCGGACCGGUUUCAGAAACCGGGCGGGUUUGAUCUCUGGACCGAUAGGGAUGGCCCGCAGCUGUUUGACGCCGGCGUUGGUGAUGAUUUGCCUUCCGCUAGGUUCUUCCCUAAAGGUGUCGUUCACAGCGUGAAACCGUACCGGAGCUUACCGGUCUCCGGUGAGUCUGACGGAGAAGAGGGUUCGAGGAAACGGGAAGGAGUCGGUGGAGCGCGUCGUGGUCGGAGGGUGAGGAAGGAAGAUGAAGGGAAGAGGGUGGAGAAUCGUGUUGUGAGUGGCGGGAAAUCAAGAAACGGAAGAAGGUCGUCUCAGGUAUACGAUAUGACUUUGCAGAACGACGGGAGAUACGAAGUUGGAUCUUAGUUUCUAAGUAGUGUGUCUUAGUUGCUGUCUUUUAUAUAAUCAGUACGAUGUCUGUCUGAACAUAAACUUGUCUAUAAAAGUCUACUCACAGAUUGAGCUUUAUUUAGUAUUAUACUAUCUCUUGUUUCUCUCAGGUUGUUGUGUACGAAAACAAAUCAUAAGACUUUGCAGUGUUGUUCUGUUCGCAAUUAAGGUAUUACUUAUGUAACAAGAGAAGAUUUGUUUGCAAUGUAACUUUUGCCUCAUC